GCGUCUGCAGCGGGGCAGCGCGCGGCCUCGGGGCGGCGCAGAGCGGAGCCGCGGGGAGGCGGCGGCACGCGGGCCCGGUGCGCUCGGCCCCGGCACACUGGGCAAGUUCGCGCCGGCAGCAUGCGGCCGUAACGCCGCACCGGCCUCCGCGCCUGCCAGCCGGCGAGCGCAGGCGGUGGAGCAGGCGGCGGCGGCGGCGGCGGCGGUGGCGGAGUAGGAGGAGGAUGUACCGUCGCCGACGGCUAGAUGCCCCGGGCCAGCGCGCAGGCUUCAAGAUCAAGUUGGAGAAAAGAACAGUUAUUUUUCCUUAUUCGUCUGCUUCAAUAUUAUUCUUAUUGGGAAUGGACAAUGGAAUGUUCUCUAGCUUUAUCAUGAUCAAGCACCUCCUUUUCUUUUGUAUUUCCAUGAACUUAGCCAGUCACUUUGGCUUUUCACAGAUGCCAACCAGUUCAGCAAAAGACGAGACCAAUGACAACAUCACGAUAUUUACCAGGAUCUUGGAUGGGCUCUUGGAUGGCUAUGACAACAGACUGAGGCCUGGGCUUGGAGAGCGCAUCACCCAGGUGAGGACGGACAUCUAUGUCACCAGCUUCGGUGCGCACCUCCACACCCCCUCAGCUCCCUCAAUCACUGAAAACCGAAACCUCUCUGAGAUGUCUUCCCAGGGUCCCCUGCUCCCCGUCAGCCUGCUGCCCCCUGACUCAGCUCCGGCUCCUCUGCUUUGCAGCACCCUGAGCAACCUUCGUCAGAGCAUUUGCAAUGCUGCAUUUGAUUUCCAGUUGAACUCUGGGGAAAAGGAUCACGUCUUGACCAUCUCUGCAGAGUGCCCAAUGCAACUAGAGGACUUCCCGAUGGACGCCCAUGCAUGCCCUCUGAAAUUUGGCAGCUAUGCAUACCCAAACUCUGAAGUUGUCUAUGUCUGGACCAACGGUACCACCAAGUCAGUGGUGGUGGCAGAAGAUGGCUCCAGGCUAAACCAGUACCACCUGAUGGGACAGACAGUGGGCACCGAGAACAUCAGCACCAGCACAGGUGAAUACACAAUCAUGACGGCCCAUUUCCAUCUGAAGAGGAAGAUCGGGUACUUCGUCAUCCAGACCUACCUUCCUUGCAUAAUGACCGUGAUCUUGUCGCAGGUGUCCUUUUGGCUGAACCGAGAGUCGGUCCCAGCCAGGACUGUGUUUGGGGUGACCACGGUGCUGACCAUGACAACCCUCAGCAUCAGUGCCCGGAACUCUCUGCCCAAAGUGGCCUACGCCACGGCCAUGGACUGGUUCAUUGCCGUGUGCUACGCCUUCGUGUUCUCCGCGCUCAUCGAGUUCGCCACGGUCAACUAUUUCACAAAGAGAGGCUGGGCCUGGGAUGGUAAGAAAGCCUCGGAAGCAGCCAAGGUCAAGAAAAAAGAGCGGGAACUUAUACUAAAUAAGUCAACAAAUGCUUAUACUACUGGGAAGAUGACCCACACCCCCAACAUCCCAAAGGAGCAGAUUCCGGCGGGGACCUCAAAUGCAUCUUCAGUCUCGGUGAAACCUUCCGAAGAGAAGACUUCUGAAACCAAAAAGACUUAUAACAGCAUCAGCAAAAUUGACAAAAUGUCACGAAUUGUAUUCCCAGUCUUGUUUGGCACUUUUAACUUAGUUUACUGGGCAACAUAUUUGAAUAGGGAGCCGGUGAUUAAAGGGGCUGCCUCUCCAAAAUAACCCGCCUGUUGCAUUCCCAAACUCCCAGAGCCAUACUUCCAACAGAAUGGUAUCCAGGAGAGGUUGAUCUUGGAGGAACUUUCCAUAUUUGGGCACUAUCUUUCAGGAAAUUUUGCAUGUUUAAUAAUGUGUACAAUAAUAUUGCCUUGAUGUUUCUAUAUAUAUAACGUCAGAUGUUUCAAAGAUGUCACAUUGAUAAAUAAAGCAAACAACUUUUAGAAAAACAGGAGACAAUGGCUCUGACACUCAGAUGCUCAGUAUCUUACAUUGAUAGUUUACAAUCAAGAUAAGUAUAUUUUUAACUGUUCCAAGUGUUACCUAACAAUGUUUUUUAUACUUCAAAUGUCAUUUCAUACAAAUUUUCCCAGCAAAUAAAUAUUUUAGGAAAUGCUCCAUGAUUAUUACUUGACCAGCUCUCGCAAGAAACAAAGAUCACAAGGAACACAUUUUUCAUUAAAAAGGAAACAGUGGGCAUUUAUGUACAAAACUAAUUGCUUUUGAUAAUUCUUACUGUUCUGAAACUAGAAAGUACUGCAUGAUCUUACACUGAGCUAGAAUAGGUAAAUAUUUAUGCAGACAAAUUUAAUAACAGAAAUAUGUGGUAAGCUAGUCAAAAUACUUCCCUAAGGAAAAAUUUAACCACUUAAAAAACCUUUUUUUUGGUGGGGGGAGAAAGAAACUUUUAUCUGUCCCUUUAACUCCUCCCUCUUAACUGCAUAAUGACCAAGAUAAAGAAGGAAACAUUAAAACCAACAGUGGUGUAAUGAAGUCUCAGCAUUUGGUCUGUGUGUUCAUUGUCUGAAACAUUGACCACUUCUCGCUGCAGUCAGCGUGUAGUGCUUCAGUGGUGAGAAAUUGUAAUUGACUUACUUUCCAUUUUAUUUCCUUGUAUGUAUGUCACGGUUGACUUAUUGCUUUGUUAGCUUUUGUAUAUGAGCCUUAAAUGUUCAUUAAAAAAUAAAAAAGAUAAUUGAUCUUGUGGAUAAAUAU